AUGGACACUGCCAAGUUGACCGAGUUCGCCAGUAUGUGGAGAGUCAUCUUGAUAUCGCUUUGGCUCCUUGGUGGCACUUUUAUCCUCGCAAAAAUUGGCUACAACCUCUUUCUGCAUCCUUUACGUCACCAUCCAGGCCCGAAGCUAUGGGCAGCAACAAGACUUCCAUGGUGUUGGAACCAGUAUCGGGGCAGACUCAACCACAGGCUGGUCGAGCUGCACCGCCAGUACGGACCAACUCUACGGGUUGCUCCCAACGAGAUCUCGUACAAUUCUAAGACAGCAUGGAAAACGAUCUAUGGAAACCGGGUGAUAGAGAUGAAGAAAGAUCCAAUCUUCUCACUUGUGACACCGACCGGCGUUCCUAACAUCAUGACGGCAGAUCGGAUGACCCAUUCACGACAUCGCCGCCUGCUUUCUCAUGCAUUCUCCGAGAAAGCUCUUCGAGAACAGGAAGACGUGCUCGUGAAAUAUUGUACGAAGCUCCUUGCGCAACUUGAUGGGGAGUGUGCCAAAGGACCAGUGGACUUGACGGACUGGUAUCAUUUAACGACAUUUGACCUUAUUGGGUCUCUGGCGUUCGGAGAGGAUUUCUCCUGUGUCGACACCGGGAAGGCCCAUCCUUUUGUGGCGUCCAUUAAAGCCGUGUCAAGAGAACUGAUCAUGAGUCAAAUGGCCACAUACUACGGUAUUAGCGCAUUGAGAAAUUGGUUUUUGAACGAAAUGGUUGACGCGCGAAUCGCCCGGGGCCCAACCAGUGAUCGCAAAGACUUUUGGCAUUAUGUCCUUGCGGCCGAUGAGACCGACACCAGUGACAAACACAAAAGCCUCUCAUCGGAUGAAAUGGUUGUCAACGCCUUCAGUAUUGCAAUUGCCGGAUCGGAUGGCACAGCGACAGCCCUGACAGCGACAACAUUCCUACUUUUGACCCAUCCGCAGGUUUACCAGCAGCUGCGCGAUAACAUUCGAGCAGAAUUCGCCAUUGAAGAUGACAUAAAAUCUACUGCCCUCGCAGGAGACAGAAUACCGCUUCUAGAUGCGGUCCUUAACGAGGCUAUGCGACUCUAUCCACCCGUGGCGGUGACUCUCCCAAGAGUUGUCCCGCCCUGGGGAGCCACGAUAGAUGGGCUGUUUGUUCCUGGAGGAACGACCGUGGGAGUGAAUCACCUCGCAACAUAUCACUCCGAGAAGAAUUUCUGCCGUGCUAAAGAUUUUCUUCCUGAGCGAUGGCUCGAGGAUAAACAAGGCCCCAACAAGACGCAAUCUGAUGUCAAAGCCACCUUCCAGCCUUUCUCGGUGGGCCCUAGAAGCUGCCUGGGCAAGAAUCUGGCUAAAGCAGAAAUGCGACUUAUUCUGGCUAGGUUGCUGUGGCGUUUUGAUCUUGAGCUGGAGGGGGAAUCUGAGGAUUGGAUGAAAGGGCAGAGGAUCUAUGGAUUUUGGGUGAAGCCGUCGCUGAUGUGCAGGCUCUCACCCAGAUCAGUGUGA